AGUUUGUAUACAUAGAGGAACCACGCUAGCUUGCGUUAAGACGUCGAUAGGUGUCACCAAGUAAAUAAAUCGACAUUUGAAAUUUCAAAGCAACAGUUUUCCUGUAAAUUUCUCCAUACCCAUGACGUUUUUCCUGUUUCUCUUUUCUGCUGCCUUUUUUUAAGUCAAAUUUCUGUGGAGAGCAUUCCCCCAAAAAUUUCAAAUGUCGAUUUUAUUCACUUGGUGACAUCUACCGACGCCUUAACGCAAGCUAGCGUGGUUCCUCUAUGUAUACAAACUCAAUGGUAUUAGCACGAAUGAAAAACAGCAGAGUAACAGUAAAAAAAAUCGUUGGCUGUGCACUAAUACUGGUGUGCGUUGCUUUCGAUUGUGGCAUUGUGCUAUGUAUUAGCACGAAUGAGAAACAGAGUAGCAGUGAAAACACAGCAAUCGCGUCUGUGUAUUUUUGUGAACAUCGUUGGUUGUGCACAAUCAUUUCUUAGAGUAGACGCCGAAUAAUUAGAUUUUCUGCUGGCGUGUGUCAAGUCCAAAACAGUGUUACGUAUGACAGAAAAUAUGGAAGCCGUUAAAAGUGAUGAGCAGCAAACCGCAGCGAAUCAAGAAAAAGAAGAACAAGUUACUAUCACAGAAGUCUAUAAAAUCAUUGGUUUGGGUGAUGACGCGAACGAUUCAGCCAAAAAUGAAGAAAAUCAGGCAAAUGAUGAGAUGAAUAUUGGAAGUGCACACGGAACUUCGACGCCGCAAAAAGUUGGAAUGGCGUUAGAAUUCGAUUGGAAUAGUGAACCAUUGGAUUUUAACGAAGAUUUAGUUGAUGAUUUAAUCUCUUCGCAAAAAUUGAGCUCAUCAUUGGUGGAGUUACCAUCAUCGCAAAAUGUUAAUUCGUCAAAGACAGAUUCUUUGCGAAAUUUGAACUUAUCAAUGGUGGAAUUGUCCUCAUCGCAAAAUGUUAAUUUAUCAAGUGCUUCGAAUGCCAGCGAUUCAAGUGUGAAUUCGAAUAAAAUGCAGGCGAAAAUACGGAAGGAAAAUGGAUUGCGCAUAAAGCAUAUGAUUGGAUUCUUCAAGAACGAAGGCGUUUCUUUUUUUAAAGCCAAGCGUGUAUACCAAGCACUGUAUGAAGACCGAAUGGAUCUUGAUGUUUUGAUGUGCUUUGUCAUUACUGGGCAAGUGGUCAUCAUCGAUCAGAAAUUAAUUCUGCCUGAAUGGUUACAACGUAGACCAUUGUCAAAGGUUAACAAAGUUGGUGUCAAAAAUUAA